AUGUGACGAUUUAUAAGAUAAUGGAUUAAUAAUUUCAUUACAGGAAUGGGAGUCCGUAACUCAUAAUCGAUGCUUCGAUGGUUUAUCAUCAGUAACAACAAAGACAAGCUCCAGUCUAGAAUACCGUAAGGACAUUAUAAUGUCACAGCCUCAAUACCCGCCUCCUCAGCCGGGUUACCCACCCCAACAAGGGUACCCCCCACCCGGGCCACCACCUCAACAGAUGGGAUACGGACCACCCCCGGCCCAGACAGUUGUGGCGCAGCCGGUAGCGGUGAUGGCAUGUGGUGUUCAGGUGAUGCGCGAGUGUCCUGUCAGAGUCACGUGUGCUUCCUGUCGCGCUGACAUCGUUACGGCCACCACGUUUGAGGUUGGAAUGAUGACGUGGCUCAUUGCGGGAAUCCUCUGCGUGCUUGGUUGCUGGCCAUGCUGUCUGAUUCCUUUUUGUGUUGACGGAUGUAAAGACGUCAUUCAUACUUGUCCAAACUGCAAGGCCCAAGUGGGCGUCUAUCGACGCAUGUAAUCUUAGCGCGUCCAAAAGUUUAAUACAAGUCAUGACGCGUGUAAACUUGACGCAUCAAUUUAUGUAAAUCUUGUUGUCGUAUCUAGUUAAUGCAUUUUAUAAUAAUAUUUUUAUUACAGGUAUACAGGUGGUUGUAUAUAAAUCAUUUCUUUGAUUUACAAUUGUUGUGCUACCUGUAUACUAUCAGUAAGGUGCUCUUUUUUCUUCCAUCUUACUCUUGAAAAGAUCGUUGUUAAGAUUAUAUACAUGUAUUUUUAUGCUUAUUUUAAUUUUACGUAAAGUAUAUUCUUUGACGUUUAGAUGUUUAUCAUAUCAAUUUAAAAGAAAACUAUAGAUUUUAGAAGUAUGUUUACUUAUAUUUUACUGCUGAUCUGAAAAUGAUUUUAAAAGUCUAUCCAUCAAAUGAAUAUA